UUACAAUAAUGAUUUGGUUUCAGCAGUCAUCAUGUUGAAAGCCCGCUGUUUAAUAUCGAAUUUGUCUGGCGGUAAGGGGGCACGUUUCGCAGGGUGGCUUCUAUCCAAAAAUGUGGCACCCGUUAUCUGUGCCAGUUCUACCCGUUUUUACAAUGUACCAGCCGAAGCAGAAACGUUUCUCAAUGGUAGUUCUAGCACCUAUGUCGAAGAUAUGUACAAUGCCUGGUUAAAAGACCCAUCAAGCGUACACAGUUCUUGGGACUCUUUUUUUCGAAAUUCCGCUGCUGGUGGGGUAGGGUAUCAACGGCCGCCCAGUUUAGCCCCCCCGGGAAAAAAUGAGGUGCCCAUAACGUCCUUCCUUCCAGCUCUGCAAGGCUCCAGUCUCGGCCUAACGGGAGCUCCAAAUGAGAAGGUUAUUGAUGACCACUUAGCCGUUCAAGCAAUUAUAAGGAGCUACCAGACUAGGGGUCAUUUUAUUGCAAAAGUGGAUCCCCUGGGUAUCAUGUAUCAAGAUCGUACGACAACAAUAACUGAUGCUUUGGGUGCACCUCCAAAUGAAAUAACGAGGCAAUAUUCAUUAGAGGAAACCGACAUGGACCGAAGUUUUAAAUUACCUUCGACAACAUUUAUUGGGGGUAAGGACAAAGCACUCCCCCUUCGUGAAAUUUUACGUCGUCUGGAAUUAACCUACUGUAGGCACAUAGGGGUCGAGUUUAUGUACAUUAACAGUUUAGAACAAUGCAAUUGGAUACGACAAAGACUUGAAACUCCUGGUGCCUUUGAAGUCAAUCCAGAAGAAAAACGACUUAUACUCGCCAGAUUAACCAGAGCUACUGGAUUGGAGUCGUUUUUGGCCCGAAAAUGGUCUUCAGAGAAACGUUUCGGACUUGAAGGCUGUGAGAUAUUGAUUCCGGCAAUGAAGCAGGUCAUUGAUAAGAGUACAGAAUAUGGGGUGGAAAGUAUAGUCAUGGGAAUGUCCCAUCGAGGAAGAUUGAACGUUUUGGCCAAUGUGUGUCGAAAACCCUUGAGUCAAAUAUUUACACAGUUUGCUGGAUUGGAAUCGGCAGAUGAUGGAUCUGGAGACGUUAAGUACCAUCUAGGAACAUAUAUUGAAAGAUUAAACCGUGUAACGAAUAAAAAUAUCAGAUUGGCAGUUGUGGCAAAUCCAUCCCAUUUGGAGGCGGUCGAUCCCGUUGUUCAAGGGAAAACUAGAGCAGAACAGUUUUAUAGGGGAGAUGAAAAAGGAAAAAAGGUAAUGUCCAUGUUGCUUCACGGUGAUGCAGCGUUCUGUGGCCAAGGUGUCGUCUUUGAAACCUUUCAUUUGUCAGAUUUGCCAGAUUACACCACUCAUGGUACCAUACACAUUGUUGUAAAUAAUCAAAUUGGCUUUACCACAGAUCCUAGACACUCUAGAUCUUCACCAUAUUGCACUGAUGUUGCUCGUGUUGUAAACGCUCCAAUAUUCCAUGUGAACUCUGAUGAUCCCGAAAGCGUUAUGAAAGUGUGUAACAUCGCCGCAGAAUGGAGAGCUACCUUCCACAAAGACGUGGUCAUAGAUAUUGUUUGUUAUAGACGUAAUGGCCACAACGAGAUCGACGAGCCCAUGUUCACGCAACCUCUCAUGUAUCGCAAGAUCAGGCAAACGAAACCAGUGUUAGAAAAAUACUCCGAUCAACUCAUUAGCGAAGGCGUUGUUUCAGCAGAAGAGGUCAAAGACGUUAAAGAUAAAUACGACAAAAUAUGCGAGGAAGCCCUGGAACAGGCUCGCAAAGAAACGCACAUUAAGUACAAGGACUGGCUUGAUAGCCCGUGGUCAGGAUUUUUCGAAGGAAAAGAUCCCCUUAAAGUGAGUCCCACAGGAGUCAUCGAAGACACGUUGGUACAUAUUGGUAAAAGAUUCUCGUCUCCACCUCCAAACGCAACUGAGUUUGUUAUUCACAAAGGUAUCGAACGUAUUUUGAAAGCUCGUAUGGAUUUAGUGGAAGCACGUACAGUGGAUUGGGCUUUGGGAGAGGCCAUGGCAUUUGGAUCACUCCUCAAAGAAGGAAUUCAUGUCCGAUUGUCUGGGCAAGAUGUAGAGCGUGGCACAUUCUCGCAUAGACAUCAUGUACUACAUCACCAAAAAGUGGAUAAGGCUACUUAUAGGCCCCUCUGUCAUUUAUAUCCUGAUCAGGCUCCUUACAUCGUUUGCAACAGUUCUUUAUCUGAAUAUGGCGUACUCGGUUUUGAGUUGGGAUACUCCAUGACCAACCCUAACGCUCUCGUAUGUUGGGAAGCCCAAUUUGGAGACUUUAAUAACACAGCCCAGUGUAUUAUCGACCAAUUUAUUGCUUCAGGGCAAGCCAAAUGGGUUCGCCAAAGUGGUUUAGUUCUCCUAUUGCCACAUGCACUCGAAGGAAUGGGCCCGGAACACUCCAGUGGACGUAUUGAGCGUUUCCUCCAGAUGUCCUCCGACGACCCUGAUUAUUUCCCACCUGAGAGUGAUGAAUUCGCCAUCAGACAACUUCACGACAUAAACUGGAUCGUCGCUAAUUGUUCAACGCCUGGCAAUUACUUCCACAUUUUAAGGAGACAAAUCGCAAUGCCUUUUAGAAAACCUUUAAUCCUGUUCACGCCAAAGAGUUUAUUGCGUCAUCCGGAGGCAAGGAGUAACUUCGACGAGAUGGUCGACGGCACAGAGUUCCAAAGAGUUAUCCCAGAUAAUGGACCUGCAUCUAAAAAUCCACAGUCGGUAAAGAAACUCGUAUUUUGUUCUGGAAAGGUAUACUAUGACCUUAAUGCCGAAAGAAAGAAGAGAAACUUGGAAGCAGAUGUGGCAAUAUCAAGGUUGGAACAGAUAUCUCCUUUCCCGUAUGAUCUUAUUAAAUCCGAAUGUGAAAAAUACGCAAAUGCUCAGCUCUGUUUCGCCCAAGAAGAACAUAAAAAUCAAGGCCCAUGGUCUUACGUUCAACCCCGUUUUGAUACAACUUUGAGUGCAGCCAGACCUGUAAUCUAUGCUGGAAGGCCACCAAGUGCUAGCCCUGCGACUGGUAGCAAGGCGCAACAUCUCAAAGAACAAACUAAUCUAUUCGACGACACGUUUAGCUUCUAAAACUACUGUUGUUUUUGUUUCUUGUUGAAUACUGAAGUUAAAUUUAAAUUGUACCUAUACGACUGCACUCGUUGUUAUUUUGCUCUUAUGAUGUGCAAGCAAUUCCCUUUUGAUAUGCUUACUUUAUCACAAUAGUAAACUCAUUAGAAAGAACUGAAGGAUACUGUGUUACAGAGAAUUUUUAAAGUGGUAAAUUAUUUAAGAACAAUCGAACGAAAA